AUGAUUCUACUAUCGCAUGUUUAUACCUCAAACGGACNUCUUGUUCUGCUUGUCAGCGAGUGGAAGCGGAUACUGAGGAACAACGAGCAUAUUUCCUUUCUAUUUAUUCUUUACCAAACUUUCCUCGUCUGUUCCACAGUUAUUGGACCCUCUACAGUCAUUCUGGUGAUAGUUGGUGGAAUGCUGUUCUCAGGACUUUCCGUCGAUGAGAUUACUACCGUCGCUCUCCUGAGCCUUUUGGUUCUUGUCUACAUCUUAGCCUGCUUAUUUGCGUCCCAAAGCGUUCAACUCAAAGCGUCUAAGAUACUAACCUUUGUUUUUGCCGUGAUCAUGUGCAUUGUCAUCAUUGGUGUGGCUGUUCAAAUUUCAAAUGAGCUAAAAGAAAGAAGCGCUGAGCCCACAGCAGGACCAACAUUAGAGCCAAACACAACGUCGUCACCAACACCAAAACCUUUAGAACACCACCUACCAGCCGGAGUGAGCACCCUGUAUUUGCCUGGGUUGUCUAGCAUCUUUUUAGCCUCUGCUCUCUUGCAUCCGAAAGAAUUCACGUGUUUGUUACAUGGAAUUUGGUAUAUCCUCUGCCUACCUUCAGGUUAUCUUUUGCUAACGAUAUACUCGCUUUGCAAUUUAACGGACAGGUCCUGGGGAACACGAGAGGGAAAAUCCACAUCGUCAGGUGGAGACGACUGGUACAAGCCAUUUUGGAAUUGUUUGAAGAGAGUUUGUAAAUGCUGCCAAAGCCAAGAAGAGUCAGUGUUAACCCAACCAAAACAUCAUGGUAACAAGAGAGCAAGUAUCAUAGAAGGAAGAACCAAUAUCACAGUGGAACUUUCAAAUUCCUCAAACAAGUUAAGAGGGCAAUCAGAUCCAAAUGCGAACACAGGGGCAGCUCUUGAGACGGAGGAAUGUGUGUCUAAGAAAGAUCAAACAAACGUUACUCGGCUUUCAGUCCCUGCAAAAAGUAAGAAGACAUCGACAGACAGCUCGAAGUUUGAGAGCCACGAACAUAAAUCAGUUUUUGAAGAUGAGUGUGUUCAAAGCGUAAGAGAGAUCUCUAAAGAUGUUGUAUAUUCUGCCGCCGAGAUCCCAAGAAAAAAACUAGUUAGAACAUCAAAACGUUCGACGUCAAAAGGUGAUGCAAUGAAUCCUGAUGGAAAUUCUGCGUUCAACCAGAAGCAACCCGGCCAAUCUUCCGAGCCAACUACUAGUUUAACUAAAGAUAUCAAAGAUGAAGUCAUAGCAUCCUCUUCUGAUUCGCAGACAGGAAUUGAAGAAAAUAUCAGACACGAAAAUGAAAUCUCUGUCCAAGAAGCCUGGGCUGAUGAUCGUGAUGGAAGGAGGGCACCUAUUAAUGAAGAAGAGGAUUUUAAAAGAAAGUCUCAGGGGUACAAUGAGUUCAAUCGUUUCCCUGAGGAUUUUCCAACUUGCUUGACUAAAACACUGCCGCCUCGAGCUGAUCUCAAGGGCAUAUCAGUCUCAAGAAAUCCAUCCAAACUUGUCCUCCCUGCUAUCCCAAGGGCUAUACUUCCAAAACCCACCGAGAAUCCACAGAUCAACCAAACAUACAUACCUCAAAAGAGCCAAAACGACUCCCCUUUAAUAUUUUCCACACAAAUUGAGUCCACGCAAUCAAUUACUGUAGACAGCUCAGAAUAUCAGUUGGAGAUAAAUUCACGAUCUCGUGCAUUUCAAGCCCAACUUCCAGUUCCAGCAAAAGACGAAAGUAGUCGCCCUGGGUCAGCGCUUGAGAACGUUUCUGACUCUGAUCCAAAUUCUCCAGUAGAGGAUUGGAUACCUGACGAUUUGAAGGAUUAUGCAACGAGCUUUCGCGAAAAUGGCUAUGAGAAAGCAAAGUUUAUUGCUGGAUUGAACGACAGGGACCUUGAAAGCAUUGGUAUACAAAAUAUAGGACAUCGACAGAAACUGUUGAGAAAAAUCAAGAAAAUUCCUCGUAUUGAAAUCGAAGAAAACAUACCAGAAAACGUAGAAAGUUGGUUACAAGAACACGAUCUCGAAGAAUACUGGCCCUCGUUCAGGGACAAAUGUUAUACAGAACCGAGCGACUUGGUAGAUUUAAAGAACAUGAGCAAAGACAGGCUUAAGGAAGUAUUGCUCAUCCAAAAACCGGGCCAUUUAAACCGACUGAAAUCUCUUAUUAACAAAUUGCAGUAUCCUAAUCGAGGCCAAAAGAAAAUUAGGCGCACAAGGAACGAGCUGGGUCGUCUUCCAUUAAAGUUGCUUGAUUUGGAUAAUUCAGACGAAGGUUAUGAAUACAACUUCUGGAAUGAUUUACGUCAAGAAUGCCUAAUUCCUGAGAAUAGUGCGUUUGGUCAGACGGCUGAGCUUAAAGAAAAACUCGUGGAACUAAGAAAUACAACUUUCCUGGUUUUUGGCGUCAGUAAUGCCUUGUGGAUGAUAAUUAUACUGGCGCUGGUCCGGCACAAAGAUCUCAAAAUCUUAGGUGUGGAUGUCAUCGGACUUGGUUUCUUAACCAUUUAUGGAGGGAUAUUCGCUGUACAAUUUUUAGCCCUUUUGUGGCAUCGCUUUAAAACACUUAUUCAUAUUUUAGCGCGCGCACCUUGGAAGAUGAAUAUCAAUAGUAUUACCCCAGCUGAAUCUUCACGAAGUCAGCAAACAUCGUGAGUAUCAUUGAAAUAAACUUCAUUGUGAGGCAGCUGCAAUGUUGUCAACUUCAGUUAGAGGUUAAGGGCAGUUUUGUCUCAGCCAGUUUCCCCUGUUGGUCUGUUAAUAAUUUUAUUUGAAUAAAGCGGUUCUUUCCACAAAAUUUCUCUAAAUGAAGAGAACACAAAAGGACAUUAUCUGUUUUGGUUUUCAUCAAUCAUUUUGAGUAAGAGUUGAAAUAGAAUCUUAUGAAAUUUACCACAUUUCUAACUUCUUCAUUGAAUAACAUCCCACAAAACAGCUACUGAGGACCACCCCACACACGCUGGUGUAGCUAUUCACAUGGAGCCUCCUCGAUUUUCCUUUUUUGUUGUUGUUUUACUUUUAUUUUUAUUUUUAUUUUUUUCGUUACUUAUAAGAUUUUUAAAAUGAACGCAACUAGAAAAGACGCUUCUCUUGAUCAUCGUAUUGUGAUGAACGACGAAAUAAAGAGUCAGAAUCGAAUCAGGUUCGACUGUGAACUAGUUUAGUCAGGCGAUAAAUGAUUACUGUUAAAAGGAUUUUUAAAGGUAAUGCUUUUUUAUUAAUGCUUCAAUAAGAACAUCGCCUUUUAGACAUAUGAAA